GUUAUUUUUACGCCUGUUUAUUCAGUUGAGAAAUGAGUGAUACCGUUUUGGUUCACGAACUGGACCUCGUGACGUUGAUCGAUUCCAAGAAUUGUGAACGCGCGUUUGAGCUUUUUCGUGAAUCGCACGAAGGAAACGAUGGACCAUGGAAGCUAGUCUUGUACUCGUCAUCCGACGAAGCAUUGCUGCCAGUGGAACCAGAACCCAAGGAAAGUGCAGCGGAAAAGGCUGUUGUUGAACCCCUUUCGAAAGGAUCGAAAGGAAAAGUGAAAUGCUCCAGUUGCAGUAAAACCUUCUCACGACAUGUGGAUCUUUGGCGACAUGUUCGGACGAAGCACAAGGAGCCCAUGUCGUUUUCCCGACUCGCGGGGCUUCGCAGUCACGUGAUCACCAAACAUUUGGAGGACGAAGUGUUCAAGUGCAAGUUGUGUGGAAAGGAGUUCGAAAAGUCCGAACAAAUUAAGGAUCAUCUUCUGAAACACAGUAAGAAAGAAACUAAAGAAAUCCCCGCGAAGCCGGUCGUAGAUUACAAGAAGAGACAGGAAAUUCGAGUCGCGCGGAAAAAGUUCAACGCCAUUUUCUCACACAAGAAACGGGGCCGGAAAAAAGGGAAGCGAUUGGAUCAAGAUGUCGAUACUGCAGAAGCUCUUUCUAUCCCAGCAAAAGCGAGUUCCAUUUGUCCUAUCUGCAGAAAGGUUUUCAAAAAAGGUAGUCUCAUGGCUCGUCACAUGCGGUGUCACACCGGAGAGCGCCCUUUUCGUUGUCCGAAAUGCGAUAAAGGCUUUGCUCAGAAAACCUGUUUGGGUCGUCACAUGCGAUUGCACGAAAAAGAGAAGCCGUUUGCGUGUCUAUUUUGUCCAUACCGUGCCGCGAUGAAGGCCAAUUUAAAGCUGCACAUCCGGAGGCUGCAUUGGGAUCAACUUGGGGACCGGAAACUGGGUGCCCUGGCGAGUUCUCGGACUCCGGAAGCAGGCGGGGAGAUUCGUUGCCCGCUUUGUCCCUGUGUUUUCCAGCGUCGAGGAUGCUUGAAGGUUCACCUGAAGAAGAUCCACAAUUUUGUCGAGGGACCCAAGGAAGAUUGUGUUCAAGCUAAAGAUGCUGAUAUCAUUCAAGAAGAUAAAAGCCGCGGUGAAGCAUUCGAUGCUGUUGUACCGCCGAGUGCAAAUGUGGAAAACAGUGACGUGCUUGAACAGGUUUUAUUCCUUACCGGCCUUGACAGCGAUGUUGCUGACCUUCAAAAACAAUUGCACCGUGAGGAACCUGAUCUCCAUGAAGCCGUGGACGAUACGGGAACCUUGGUGGAACAAUCUGAAGCUGAAGAUACUUCUCUGCAAGCUGAAGUAGCAAAAGACCCAAAGCCUACUGUAAAACAAGCGAAAAAUUUCGCAUGUCAUGCGUGUCCAGCCUCUUACAAGAGGCUCGCGCAUCUCAAGGAACACGAGAAAGAAAAGCAUGGAACUUCGUCCAUUCCUUGCGAAACCUGCGGACGCAGAUUUUGGACCAAGCGUUUGUUGUUAUCACACGAGCGAGUUCACGUUAUUGGCGGACUCCACGAAUGCGAAUUGUGCGGGAAAACGUUUCGGUACAAGAACGGCGUGAAGAGGCACGUUCAGGCCCAGCACGGAGAUAAACGAUUUUCCUGUUCGUUUUGCGGAAAGAAAUUCGGCUUCUCAAAUAGUUGCAAACGACAUAUGGAAACUGCUUGUCCAAACGCUCCAGCCUCGAUUACUGGGGUACAAGAGGCCGAAGUGGAAGAGCAUGACGAAAAUCCUAUGGAACCUGCUGCAUUUUCUGACCUAGAAGAUCCUGUUAUGUUAGAAGACAGAGUCGCUGUUGAAUAUCCCGGAGACCCGCCGCAGUCUGAACUGAUUCUUCAACUGGACAACCUCAAUCUCGAUUUGGACACCACGACGUGUUUCCUAGUCGAAAACGAAGCCGGGGAAUAUUCUCUCAUUUUGCCUUCACAACCUGUUCUCCCUCCACAUCCACCUGCUUCUCUUCCUCCUCCUCCUCCUCUUCCUUCGUCAACUUCUGCAGCUGAACCUGUUAAUCUGCCUGUGGUAGAACCUGUUCGGGUUUCAGCGCCGGAACGUACCCAGCAACAGCAAUCCGCAUCGAAUCAUUCCGUGUGCCAAGUCUGUCACAAGAGUUUCAAGAAACGAGCGGAUUUUCAGCGGCAUUUGAGAGUUCAUACUGGGGAGCGGCCUUUUGGUUGCGAUUUGUGCGAAAAGAAAUUUUCCACGUCGUACGCGUUGACGAGUCAUAAGCAGCAGGUGCACUUUCCGGUGAAGCGGGUCGAGUGUCAUGUGUGCAACAAAAUGUUUGCCAAUCGGUCUGCGCGGAAUUUGCAUUUGAGAUUACACACGGGUGACAAGCCGUUUGUCUGCAACGUCUGUGGAGCAGCGUGA